CCCCCGUGUCGCGUCAGACACCACUGGCAGUAAUAACUGAUCGUUGUCCCAGCCACGCACGCCAGGACUUGUUUCGUGAACUGGAUUUCGCGACAUUAGCAAGGCCGCGCUCCGCCCGUCGUCAAUCCCUCCAUUACCUCCUAUAUUUCUGGGGACCUACGACUGCCAUAUUCCAGCCCCUUUCCACCAAAGCUCUGUCGCCAACUCGCACCCCCCGAUAUGGGGUCUUGAGCUCUCAAAGAUGCAACAACGCAAAGAUGAACUCGUUGCAAAGCAGGCGAAGCUUGCAGAGCUGAAACGGCAGAGACAGCUGCGCGCCCAGCAAUCGAAUGCGGGUCGCGCAAGCAUCGGGGGCGCGGUCGAUCUCAAGCUAGGCACCGAUCGGCGCGCUGUCGAGAGCCUGAUCAAUGACAUUCUUGGCGAGAAGGCAUCCGGAUCAUCGACUGGGGGGGCUGGCUCGCCAGCAGGUCGGGGCAGCCGACCCAGCAGCGUGCUCAGUGCUGGCGAGCUCAGCAACGCCUACUCAGAAGGCCCUCUGGUACCGGGCACGCCAGGUCCAUCGACACCAGCACCCAUUCCGACGCCAGCGCCGGCGCCGGCGCAGCCUCCGCCCACCCUGACGACUGUCGCCCUAACGACCGUAUACGAAUGCCCGCCGUCGCCUGUGAAGGAGGUGUUCACCUACAGCAAGGGUGUCCAGACCACCGAGGAAUGGAUAGGUCCCGAUCGGCCAAGGGCUCACUCGGGCGUGUCGGACAUAGACGACAUCCCUGGUACCACGACCACCCCUAACAAGCGGCUCAGUAGGCGGGAGCGUGACCGGGAGGAAGAGCUGCGCCAGAAGAUCAAGGAGGAGAUCGAGGAAGAGCUCAGGGCUGCCAAGGAGUACAUCACAGAGGGCACGGUGGGCGCGCCAUCGGCCUCGGCGAAUUUCCCUUCCCGCGAUCUCACGCAGGAGGAACUGUCAGCUGUGGUACAAUCGGACGACUUUUACGACUUUCUCGAGCAAUCGACAAAGGUCAUUGAGCGCGCCUUUGACCAGGACACAUAUGACAUCCUCACGGACUACGCACUGCACGGGCAAGAUGUGGAGGAGGACGAUGACGAGACGGGCAACACUGGCGGGAGAGGCAAGCACAGGGUGAAAGAGGUCGCGCAGUUCUUUGACGAGCGUUGGUCUAAGAUGCGGAUGGUCAGCGGAAUCGACUUCUCCCCCAAGUUCAGCGAGCUCCUCCUGGCAUCCUACACCAAGAACCCGACCGCCCCCCACGAGCCGGACGGCCUGGUACAGGUCUGGAACAUGCACAUGCAAGACAGGCCCGAGUACGUCUUCACGGCGCAGUCGGACAUUCUCACCGCCAAGUUCUCGCCAUAUCACCCGAACCUGAUCGUCGGCGGUUCAUACAGCGGGCAGGUCUUGCUGUGGGAUACGAGAGCCAAGGCUGCCCCUGUGCAGAAGACGCCUCUGACCGGCAACGGACACGCGCAUCCCAUCUAUGCGGUUGAUAUCGUGGGCACACAGAACGCCAACAACAUCAUCUCGUGCUCCACAGAUGGUGUGGUCUGCGGCUGGAGCAUGGACGUGUUUGCCCAGCCUCAGGAGGUUCUGGAGCUGAAGAACCCCAGCCAGGCCAAAGUUGCCGUCGAGGACGUCAGCCCGACCUGCAUCUCGUUCCCUCAGACGGACCCUACAUUCUUCCUCAGUGGAAGCGAAGAGGGCACCAUCUUUCCCUGCCACCGGUACGAUCGUGCUGGCGCCAAGGCAGGCGUCGACAGGAAGAUUGCGUACAAGGGCCACACGGCGCCCGUCAUGUCAGUAGACUUCCACCCCGCCAAAGGACCCGUGGACCUUGGUGAUCUGGUCCUCUCCUCGUCACUGGACUGGAGUGCCAAGCUCUGGAAGGUACGUGCUCCCGCCGCCACGUCGACGGGGACAGGCGACGGCAUCGUCUCGCCCCUGAUGGACUUUGUGCGAGAGGACGUGGUUUACGACGCACGCUGGUCGCCCAUCAAGCCGAGCGUCUUUGCCCUGGUGGACGGCGCCGGGUGGCUGGAGCUGUGGGACAUUGCGGUCGAGACCGAGGAGCCGGUGGCCAGGAUCCUCCCAACGACCCGCCAGGAGGGCAGGACGAGGAGCUUGAACAAGGUGGCCUGGGAGCAGAACGACGGCAAGCGACUGGCCACGGGCGGCAUCGACGGGUGUGUGACUGUGUUUGACGUGGCGAGCGGGCUCGGUGGCAAGGAGGGACUCAAGCAUGAGGACUGGACAAACGUGAAGAAGCUAGUGAACCGGGUGGAUGCCCACGGCCUCAAUGGAGCCAUGGUUGUGUAGAGGAGAGCAGCGCUGCGCUGCCCUGGGCGACAGGGUGGCUGGCUUCUGCGAUUCUCAUACUUGUACAAGGCUGGUAGACGGCGUUGUUUUUACUAUACCCCCAACGCUUAGAGUGGACAAUACAACUCCUGGACAUGCGUCUACAGCUGUGUAAGCCAUUGGAUUGAAUCAAGACGGCAGUAGAAGUUAUGCUGCCAAUAAUUUUGAAUUGCUUUGGUAGUGCUUUGCAGAGAGCAGCCACAUCGAAGGAGUCAGGGUAGGCAGAAACACCACAAGCGCUUGGACACAUUCCAUGACCUCUCGUCCACAAAGUUCCCUCCAUCCUCGUCCCAUUGACUACCCAUGGUGCAUGAGCAAUUUGCCU